AUGGCGGAAGGAGACCAGACCAUCCCUCGAAAGGGAUUAUCAGAGCCUAGCUACGCAGUUCAUCGACCCAUAAGCUCCGAAGCUGGACCAUCAAAUGAAAUCAGGAUUGAUGCUACACAACCCGACCAUCGAUCUCAUACACCUCCGCCUUACUCUGGUCCCGCCUCUCCCCGGUCUGUCUCUCAAACCCCUCAGAAUCAAGUAUCCUACCCAGGCCUCCCGAAACUCGACUACCGUCUGUACUUACCUCCAUCCUUCAAACUCUCAGAAGACAAAAGGACAAUUACAUCAUAUGAUGGAGUACUCAACACCCAAAGAACCGCGCUGCUCACACUUAUUCAAAAACUCGCUUACAUCCCACCCAAACCUCAGGUCCGAAUUACAGGAACUUCAAACGGAGAUGUGGAUUUUGACAUCAAGUUGAAUAUCAUGAAUCUCAUCAUCCCAGAAGGAGAAAAACAGAGGAUGAAUUAUAUCAAAACCAUUCCGGAUGGAGAAAUCGGGCAUCGAGGGAAGACUAAGCAGACUGCGGGGCCUUGUUUGGAGGGAUUGGAGCAAUGGGUCAGGAAUUACUGUGAGGAUGAUGCUUCAAUUAAACAUUUCGCACUCGACCGCACAAUAAUAAACUGGGACACAACCCACCUCUCCGGUCUUCUCCUCACGCUCCUAAAAUCCAUCUCCUACCACGGCAACGUAAACAUCACCUUCCCACUCACCCACUCGCGCGUACUCAUCCACUCCCCGGACAAAAUCAACCACUUCUUCUCCAACGUGACAAAAGUCUUCACAGGUUCCCACCGCUACGAGCCCGUCAAGAGUAUCUGGCCCUACGCCAACGUGCCGCGGGGCGAGGAAGGCCGGAAAUGUGUCGUUCAGGACGAGGAUACCUGGUUUCGGGAGUGGAAGGAUGCGAUUGGGAAUGCGGUUAGGUGUAAGAGGAGGGGGUGGGUGACGGUGGAGGAUCGGUUGGAGUUUUUGAUGGAGCCGAAGGGGUUGGGGGAGACGGGGAAACAGGGGGAGUGGGGGACGAGUUGA